AUGACGCAGACAGACCCAUGCCCGGGCCAGAGAAUGAAUGCUGUGGAUACAGGCAAAUUAUUCCCAGGGAAAGGAAUCCCAAGAAUUGCAAAAUUUACAUGUAGAGAGUGUGGGCAAGGCUUUAGUGCUAAGUCAAGCCUUAUCACACACCAGAGGACACACACAGGAGAGAAGCCCUGUGUCUGCAGGGAAUGUGGACGAAGGUUUAGUCAGAAAUCAAACCUCAUUAAACACCAGAGGACACACACAGGGGAGAAGCCCUAUGUCUGCAUGGAGUGUGGGCGAGGCUUUAGUCAGAAGUCAGUCCUCACUAUACACCAUAGGACACACUCAGGGGAGAAGCCCUAUGUCUGCAGGGAAUGUGGGCGAGGAUUUAGUACUAAGUCAAGCCUUAUCACACACCAGAGGACACACACAGGGGAGAAGACCUCUCCUUAUGUCUGCAGGGAGUGUGGACGAGGCUUUACUCAGAAGUCAAAACUCAUUAGACACCAGAGGACACACUCAGGGGAGAAGCCCUAUGUCUGCAGGCAGUGUGGACGAGGCUUUACACAGAAGUCAAACCUCAUUACACACCGGAGGACACCUUCCGGGGAGAAGCCUUGUUUCUGCAAGGAGUGUGGACGAGGUUUUUGUAAGAAGUCAUACCUCAUUACACACCAGAGGACACACUCAGGGGAGAAGCCUUAUGUCUGCAGCGAGUGUGGACGAGGCUUUAGUCACAAGUCAUACCUCUUUAUACACCAGAGGACACACUCAGGGGAGAAGCCUUAUGUCUGCAGGGAGUGUGGACGAGGCUUUAGUGCUAAGUCAAACCUCAUUACACACCAGAGGACACACUCAGGGGAGAAGCCCUAUGUUUGCAGGGAGUGUGGACGAGGCUUUACCCAGAAGUCAAACCUCAUUAAACACCAGAGGAUACACUCAGGAGAGAAGCCCUAUGUCUGCAUGGAGUGUGGUCGAGGCUUUAGUCAGAAGUCAUACCUUACUACACACCAGAGGACACACUCAGGGGUGAAGCCCUUAUGUCUGCAGGGACUGCACUAUGCUCUUGGGCUGGAACUGUCAGAACCUGUGGGUGAUGCUGACAGCAUGAAGCUCACCAAGAGCCAUGGAGGAGAGCAUGAGGAGGACACCCAUGAUAUCCACUGA